AUGUUGAGAUUGAGGUCAACCCACCGUGUUUUGAGACUGACGUUUUCUCAACAAAGGCUCUUUUCGAAGUCAUUACUAGCACUAAACGCAACCGUUGUAUCAGGAACCAAGUUGGCUGCCAAAAUACGAAAUGACGUUGCUGAAAAAGUUUUGCAAUACAACAAAGACCAUUAUGGAAUUGACGCUACGCAAUUCGAUAAGCUAAAAUUCAAACCUUCUUUGACUAUAGUGCAAGUUGGGUCAAGACCAGACUCUUCAGCUUAUGUACGCUCCAAAUUGAAAGCUGCUGAAAAAUCCAACAUCAAGGCAAAUCUUCUCAAAUUUGAUGAGAAUAUUAGUCAGGAGGAUUUGGUAGAUGAGAUUGAUCGUUUGAAUAAAGAUCCUUAUGUUCACGCCAUUUUAGUUCAAUUGCCUUUGCCCAAACACAUUGAUGAGACGUUGAUUACAAACUCCGUUGUCACUGAAAAGGAUGUUGAUGGUUUUGAUCAUUACAACGUGGGUCAAUUGUCAAAAAAGGGAGGAGUACCCCACUUUAAACCAUGUACACCUAAUGGUAUCAUGGAAUUGAUCAAGACCACUGGAAUCAGUUUGAGAGGGAAAAAUGCGGUGGUCAUAGGAAGGUCGGAUAUUGUUGGAACUCCUGUUGCAACCAUGUUGCGAAAUGAGGACUGUACAGUAACAAUCUGUCAUCGUCAUACAAACAACUUGCCCGACAUUGUAUCCCAGGCAGAUAUUGUUGUUGCUGCCGUUGGUAUCACAGAGUAUGUCAAAUCGUCGUGGGUAAAGGAUGGAGCCGUUGUCAUUGACGUUGGUAUCAACUACAAAGAAGACCCCACAGCCAAAAACGGAAGGAAAUUAGUGGGUGAUGUUGACUACGAUGACGUGGUCAAGAAGGCUGGUUUCAUUACCCCCGUACCCGGUGGUGUUGGUCCAAUGACGGUGGCAAUGUUGUGCUCAAAUGUGUACGAUGCUGCUAUAUUGCACGCUAAAAAGGCACACGAGCAUCAAUUCAAACCACUUCCAUUGGACUUAAAGACCCCGGUGCCAUCCGACAUUGAUAUCUCAAGGGCUCAGAAACCGAAAGUGAUAACCAAAGUUGCAAAAGAGUUGGGAUUAUUGGAUAAGGAGUUGGAACCAUUUGGUCAUUACAAAGCCAAAGUUGAUGCCAAAGCUGUUAUUGAGAGACUUGACGCUCAAGUUGAGGGAUCGGCAGAUGACAAGGGUUACUACGUCUUGGUUGCUGGUAUCACUCCCACGCCAUUGGGUGAGGGAAAAUCAACCACAACUAUGGGAUUAGCGCAAGCACUUGGUGCGCAGUUUGGUUACAACUCUAUUGCCAAUGUUAGACAACCUUCGAUGGGACCUACCUUUGGUGUUAAAGGAGGUGCAGCUGGAGGAGGUUACGCACAAGUUAUACCCAUGGACGAAUUCAACAUGCACUUGACAGGUGAUAUACAUGCCAUUUCAGCUGCUCAAAACUUGCUUUGUGCCGCUGUUGACACAAGAAUGUUUCACGAAGCCACAUCGAAAAGCAUUGGUGGAUUUUACAAAAGAUUGGUGCCAGCUAAAAAGGGCAAGAGAAGUUUUACUUCGUCGAUGUUGAAAAGGUUACAAAAAUUGGGCAUUAACAAAACCAAUCCUGACGACCUCACUGCUGAUGAGGUUGAAAAGUUUGCCAAAUUGGACAUCGACCCUGAGUCCAUCACCAUCAAGAGAGUGGUUGAUUGUAACGAUAGGUUUGUUAGAGAGAUCACGAUUGGUGAAGGCAAGAAUGAAGCCAGUAAAUACCCACCAAGAAAGACUGGUAUGGAUAUCACAGUUGCUAGUGAAUUGAUGGCGAUUUUGGCUCUUUCAAACUCUCUCAAGGAUUUAAGAGAACGUGUUGGUAAAGUUGUGAUCGGUACACAAAAGGAAACCGGUACUGCCAUCACAGCAGAAGAUAUCGGAGUUGCUGGUGCUAUUACAGCAUUAUUGAAAGAUGCCAUCAAGCCAAAUUUGAUGCAAACAGUUGAAGGAACUCCUGUGUUUGUUCAUGCAGGACCUUUUGCUAACAUAUCUAUCGGUGCAUCUUCUGUUGUGGCCGAUAAAGUGGCGCUCAAGUUGACUUCACCUUCAAACCCAAUCAACAACGGACACCCUGGUUACGUAGUCACUGAAGCUGGUUUUGAUUUUACCAUGGGUGGUGAACGGUUCUUCAAUAUCAAAUGCAGAAGCUCGGGAUUGAAACCUGAUGCUGUCGUUUUGGUGGCCACUACCAGAGCUUUGAAAUUACAUGGAGGUGCACCCGACGUCAAACCUGGUCAGUCUUUGCCUCAAGAAUACGUCCAGGAAAACUUGGCGUUGUUGGAGAAAGGGUGUGCCAAUUUGGCCAAACAAAUUUCAAACAUUAAGCAAUACAAAACUCCUGUGGUUGUUGCAAUCAACCAAUUUGAAACUGACUCUGAUGCUGAACUCAAGUUGAUUGAAAAGUUGGCUUUGGAAGCUGGCGCUGAUUAUGCAGUUCCAUCGAACCAUUGGGCAAAAGGUGGAUUAGGUGCCAAAAAAUUGGCAGAAGCAGUAGUCAGGGCCGCCAAACAAGCUCCACCAGGUGAACAACAGUAUUUGUAUGAUGUCAACGACACAGUUGAAAACAAGUUGAACAAGAUUGCUCAAAAGAUGUAUGGAGCCAAGGACAUUGAGUUGUCUCCAUUGGCAAAACAACAAAUUGAAACCUACACACAACAAGGUUUUGACAAAUUGCCUAUUUGUAUAGCCAAAACGCAAUACUCCUUGUCACAUGAUCCUUCAUUGAAAGGUGUCCCAACUGGAUUUACUGUGCCAAUUAGAGAAGUGAGGUGCUCUGCAGGGGCAGGAUAUUUGUAUGCUUUAGCGGCAGAAAUUAUGACAAUUCCAGGUUUACCAACACACGCUGGCUUCAUGAAUGUCGAGGUUAACGAUGAUGGUGAGAUUGAAGGAUUGUUUUAA